AUGCCCUCCGUCGAGGUUGACGUCCCCAUGGGCGACUCAUUUCCUGCGUGUCACUCUGGCCACUUCAACCAGAGUCAGCCGUGCCUUCAGGACAAUGGCCCGCCAUUCUCCCCAUCUUCAGUGUACUCCCGCGCUUCACGAACAAGUCGAUCUUAUGGAUCGCUGUCGUUCCUUCCGUCCACCUCCUACCGUUCAGAGUCUGCAGAGCAGCCCUUUGCCACAUCUCGGAGAGCCACGGAACGGGCUCCCAUUUACAUUUCUCCCUUUCGAUCCGUCCGGCAGAUGAGAGAGCCUUUUCAGCUUAAGCUACCGAGCUCCCCUUCGUGUGAAAAUAGCUACAGUUCUGCUUCGUCCAAGGACCAGCCGCGAACGCUACAGUCGCCCAUUGGGCUGCGACCGCUGCGUUCGUGUCGUUCUGACCAGCACUUGGUAGCCGGCGCUCUUGAGACUUUUGGGCUCAUGCCUAGCCCAAGUCUGUCAGAAUCUCGUAUACAAUCAAAGCCCGAUUCCUCCCCACCGAAACGAGAGGUCGAGGGUGAUGAUCAGCAGAGCGCCAUGACUAAGUGUUCUUGUACGCCUUCGGACCGACUGUGUGAGCUCUGUGUCGUCUCCAGCUAUGAGGGACAGAUGCCCGCCGGGUCAACAGAACAGAAAGAGACCGACAUGACAACGGAACCAUCAAAUGUUGUUGAUGAGGAAUGUCGGGAGGUGGAGGAGAAGCCGGAGGAGCCUGGAGCUGAAGUUACGGAGAACAUUCCACCUGAGGAUCCCAUACCAAAUCCAACGUCGUCUCCCCUCACUCCAUUCACUGAGGCGAAAUCCACUCCUGGCUCGUCAGGGAAUAGCAAGAAGAGAACAAGAACAGGCACCGUUUCCAGUGAAGCCAGCUGGGUUCCUGGAGAUCUUUCCCACUGCGAGUCGUGGCUCCAAGGGGUUCCUCUGGACACUCCGGAGCGCAAGGACGAGAAGGCCAUAGAAGCCAACCGCCGGAAAUGCCAAAUUGUUCAACAGACCAGUCACAGUCGGAAGCCGAAUCUCCGAAUUGAUACUGAAGCGGCCAAUAAUUCGGUGAUGUUUGCAGUUGCUAGCAAGACAAAGCCAAAGCUUGUGGAUAUUUCGCGCCGUUCCUCUUUAGGGACAACAUACUCAGUCCAGAUUCACCCCCCGCCUUCUUGGAGAAGACCAUCAACCCCUGAAAAUUGCAGCAACAAUGAAGUCUCCGCGUUUAGUCCUGAUACCCCGCAGGAGAUUCCUGACAGUGGUUAUGCCACUCAACAGUCGAAUCAUUCUGAAGAAAAUCAUGACUUCCGCGAAGAAGACUACGUCGACUGUGCACUAGAUAUGCGAGACUCUUCAGAGCCGCCCUUCACCGCUGAUAUUUCCUUUCCCUCUGUUAUGUUCGGUGAAAAGCCUUAUGAUUACAAGAGUCGUCCUUCUCCUUCCUUGCGAAAGCCAGCUUAUUCCCCGGAGUUCGAGAAGAGACCCCAGAUGCGAACCCCUCCACCCGCAUCCCCCAAGACAGUCGACCAGGAGACGCUGGAAAAAUGGUGGGAUUACGAGUGGACGCUGGAUCAGCUGGAGAUGUCGGUCAAGGACUUUCCGAAAUCUAUGCUUCGGUUGACCUCUCCGGUCAUCAUCCUUCUCCGACAGAAUCACGAGAAGACAUUGAUUCGUCAAUUCCGGAAGGUUUUCCCUGGGGUGCCGGAGAACCUCCUGGACUACCUGUGCGCGGCUUUGAUUGCGCGGAAUUACCUGGUGUCGAUGGCGUCGACUCAUCAUCAUCGACGCAACAGCUCUCUAACUCAGCCACCCCAAACAACCAACUUGUCGCGUCUCGACAGCGUGCCGGAAAAGGCACGAGCAACCCUGGGCAUUGCCUUGCCCAGUACAUCUCGAUUCCACAUCGCGGAACGACUGAUGGGCUCCCGGAGCCUGGAGCUCCGGAAGGGCCUGGACCGGAUCGUGGACAAGUUGAUCUUCACCAUCUGUGGACGGUCGGACGAAACGCUGAAAGCUGCCAUGGUGGUGUUGACCCAAGUCCUCGAGUCCAAGGCCCCAGCCUAUUAA